GAUUUAUCCAAGACAAUCAGCCAACAGUGGAAAUCACUGACGUCUGAAGAGAGGAAAUAUUGGGAAGAGUUGGCGAAAGAAAAGAAGAAGGAGCACGCGCAGAUGCACCCUGGUUAUGUCUACCGGCCUCAGCGUGUGCGUGACAAGGACGGGAAG